GUAGAAGAAAAACAUGGCGUCUGCGGUUGCUAGGCUACCCAAGCGUUGUCCUGUUUGUGCCGCACCCGAGGAAAACUAGACUUUUUUUUUUUACAUUUUUGAAAAUUAAAAACAAAACACGUUUUCUAUGUUUAUGUGACAGGAGACGACGGUUAAGGACAACGUUGGCUUUGCCUUACAAGAAGGCCAUUUUUUUUUUACUGGUGCUAGGUGGCUAACGUUAACACGUAAGCUAUGCAGUGAUACACGUUACAAUUUAGCUUUAGCUCUAUGUUAACCUGUUAAAUUCAAGUUAGAACAGAAGCUGUGCUGUGUGUGAGAAUCAAGCAUUUAUUUAUUUAAGCUAUAUUCAGUCGUUCAUGGAGCGAGCCGACCGUCGACUUGUGAAGAACCAACCGUAUGACGAGAGCGUGGAAGUGAGCGACUCUGCAGAGGAGGCGAGCGUCCGCGGCCAGGCUGAGGACGGGAGGAACAAGCUGGGGCGCGGCCAGAUGUCUGACCACAGCAGCAGUGACGACAUGGACGAAGACCUCGAGCCUUCGAGGGGCAAAGGGUCGGUCGGCAGGCAGCCCGGCGUCAGCCCGAACGAGGACGACGACGACGACGAGGACGAGGACGAGGAGGAAGAGUCGGUGGAAUCGGAGGACGACGACGAGACCAGCGACGCUCCGGAGGGCACGUACGACCCGGCUGACUACGCCGUCCUCCCCGUCAGCACUGAGAUCAAAGAGUUGUUCCAGUACAUCGUGCGGUACUCUCCUCAGUCCAUCAAGCUAAAACACAGCCUGAGACCCUUCAUCCCGGACUUCAUUCCGGCUGUGGGCGACAUCGAUGCCUUCCUCAAGGUGCCGAGGCCGGACGGAAAAGCCGACGGGCUGGGCCUCGUGGUGCUGGAUGAGCCCAGCGUCAAGCAGUCGGACCCUACGCUCCUGUCCCUCUGGUUGUCCGAGGAGACCAAGCAGCACGCCACCAGCGAGUUGAAGGUGACCAGCGUGUCCAGUCCUCAGUCCAACCCCCGCGCCGUGGACAGCUGGGUGGAGAGCAUCGGCGCCCUGCACCGCUCCAAGGCAGCGGCCAGCGUGCAGUACGCCCGCGCCAUGCCAGACAUUGACGCCCUCAUGCAGGAGUGGCCGCCGGAGGUGGAGGAGACACUGGGCCGCGUGCACCUGCCCCCCGCCCGCCUCCAGUGCAGCUUGCCGCAGUACUGUGACAUCGUCUGCGCCCUGCUGGACGUCCCGGUGUACUGCAGCCGCAUCCAAGCGCUGCACCUGCUCUUCAGCCUCUUCCUGGAGUAGGACUCGCAGCACUUUGCGCGCACGUGACCGCGCCCUCAAGUUUGCAUGUUCUUCACUUCACUUCCGCUCACAACCCAGGCUAAACUCGGUCCACCUGAAUACUCUCAAAGUGAUCACGUGAAGAUGGAAACACUUGCAGAGAGUUAUUGAAAUAAAGUGUUGUAUAUUUAUUUUUCCUUUUA